GAAAAGGAAUCUGAAGACACGAUGGCAUCUGUAAAAGACCGGGACACGAUUUUGCAAAUAAUAGAUCAGCUGCGGAUGCGAAAAGCACGUCCAGAUUUGAAUAGGAUCUGCCACAUGGCCUUGCGGCGAUAUGGUACUAAACACUUGGAUACGGAAGCUCAGUUGGAGAAGCUCGUCGAUUUGGGUAUUGUAGUUAAAGUUGAUUAUAAAAGCAAUGUGAGUUACAGGAAUGCUUCAAAAUGGAAAAAGAAACCAUUUGGAAGAAAACUCCUUAAUUCCAACAGUACAAACAAAAAUAUUAGAGCGGCGAUCAAAGCUUUACUGGAACUGGGGAGCGAAGACGUAGGUGCGUCAGCGAAAGACAUCGAAAAAUGGCUCUCGGCCGAAACGGACAGUCGGUUGACAAAAAAUCAGCUUAUGAUUGCGAUAGGGAGGGACGUGGAUAAUGGAAGUUUGAAAAAACUGUCGAAUGGCAAUUAUAUAAUUAAUAUUGGAAGCGAAAACAAGACGAAAACUGCAGCGCGCAAAAAGCAGCAAGUUGCGACACCAACGUCCAGCAAGCCCGACAAACCUGAGAAAACGGAGACUGCUAAUCCGGUUACGAGUCCGAAAUUUAAACGCGGGCGGCCUCCUUCUAAGCGAAAGAAGUUUAGGAAGACUCAUGGACCAGAUUUUGAAACACACUCUGUGAAGAAGAAAAACAACUCUGAUGAUGAGGAGGCAUCUAUUUGCGACUAUUGUUUGAAGGCUACAAGCAGUGCUUCUUUUUCUGAAGGGCUUUUGACAUGCAAAGAGUGCAAAGCGACAGCCCACCCCUCUUGUAUGGGUUACUGUGAAAGUCUGGCAAGGCGUGCACUUGAAUCACCGUGGCAAUGCAUCGACUGUAAGACCUGCUUUGUAUGUGAGGAUUCUGGUGACCCUGAAAUGAUGCUAUUCUGUGAUGCCUGUGACAAGGGAUACCAUAUGAACUGUCAUAAUCCCCCACUGGAGAAAAAACCUUUAGGUAAUUGGGUGUGUAGUAAGUGUAUGCUGGAGAAGACCAUGGAGACAUCAUCAGAUGGAGAAGACAUACAGGACACCAAUAAUAUGGAUGAUAGCCAAGUCACAGAUGGAGGUGGUGCAUCCUGUCUACCAACACCUUGUGAUUCUCCAGCCUCCGAGGAAGAGGAAGAAGAAAAGGUUGAACCUGUUCCACGGAAACGAAAGACUGCAGAGGGAAGGAAGAAGUCUUUGGAUAUAGAGGGGAAAAAGGGUGAUAAGAAUGAAAAAGUCAGCAUUGUUAUUGAAAAUGGUCAGUAUCCAGAUGCCUCUAAGUGGAAAGUGGAGGAUGUUGUACACUUCUUCGUAAAUGUAGGAUUCAAGGAGCAGGCAGAGGCUCUUAAAGAACAGGAAAUUGAUGGACAAUCCCUUCUGUUGAUGAAGAGGAGUGAUGUGCUCACAGGCUUGUCAAUCAAAUUAGGCCCUGCCCUCAAGAUGUAUCAGCAUGUGAUGAAACUACAGACCUCUGGAUUUGACCUUGAAGACAGUUGACCUUGAUUUUCUUUAUAGUUAGAAAUUUUGUCUUUCUUAUUGUAUUCUUAUGUGAUUCAUUCUUUUUAAUAGCAAUAGUUCUGAGCCAUGACCCUGUACCCUAUUUUAACCGGUGAUUUGCUAGUUCAAUAUCAGUCUGCCAUGCUGAGAUAUAUUGUAAGGAUGAGGGUCAUACCAAUACUUGAAUAGAACUAUCUGUAUACCCAGCAAUCAUUUGCUACCCAUUCCUGGCCAGACUUGUUAAAGCUGAAGUACAGUAAAUACCAUUUUGAGAACUGUGUAGAUGGAUUUGAAUUGUACGAAGUACUGUUAUAUUAGUGAGGAAUUUAUUUUUACUAUUUUUGCAGUCAAUAGUAUAGGGUGAAAUGAAUUUCUACAGUAUCAGAAAAUAUCUGAUGUUGUAUGCACAGACACCAGUUCAUAGAUAUGCAGGAAAUUUAAUGCCUAUGAACUAGUCCAAAACGGGACAACUGCAAAAUAUAAGCCCCAUGAAAUUAAAUAACAAUACAGGAAUUUUGCUUUAAAAUUGUAUUUUAUCUUUUUUUUAACUUUUGCUGUUUUUUAUGCUCUGUCAUCUAAUGGAAGAGAGGGGAGCAUGUUGUUUUAUCAAUGUCUGUCCCAUCCCAAUUAGAUGUUAUAUCUUAAGAAUCUGUCAACACACCUGGUUUGUAUUUAAUCCAUAGUUUUAUAACAUCCAAUUGUACAACUGGUCACAUUUUGAUUUGUAUAGGAGUGGGCAUUCCUAUCUAACAGACAUUUUCUAGCUCAUUUAAAGACCUCUCUUUCUUUAAUCCAAAUGAUCAGCACAUCAGCAUUAAUAAAGGCUUUAUCAUAGGGGUUCAAAUGAAGCUGAAAUUAAAUUUCAAUAAAAUUUAUUAUUCUGGUCAAGGUUAUGUAAUAAGAUUAUGAUUAGUAUGAAUAUUUGGAUUACAAAAUAUAAAGUGCAUCUAAAUUAUGACAUGUGAACAGUUACAAUUUUGUAUUUUAAACAAUUCCAAUGUCUGUGUAGUGUUGGUAUCUGUCUUUGUUGUAUCGUGCUAUGGAAUUCAUUAGGUAGAUAGUAUAUAGAUACCACAGUUAUGUCCCCAUGAUGAAAUACAUUAUGUCUGAUAAUAAUCAUCAGUUGAUGUGAUUUAUCGGACCUAUGUGUUAUUGAUCUGUUCCUUGAAGUAGUUCAUAUACAUGAAGUAUUAUUAUACAGCAGUGUUCAUUUUCUGCAAGAAUUUAGCAGCAGCCUGUGCCUGUAAAAUUUGGUAAAAUUUACUGUUGUUUUCUUCAAAAACUUCAGGAGAUAUUCUUGAUUUUUGUUUGUUUUUGUUUUUAGAAGCAGUCUGUAUUUGGCUGUCAAUUUCAUAGAGGUGACAUACUAAUCAGUGAUGUUGACAUUUAGGGUAAAAUUUGUUGAUUACUGAUUUUCUCUAAUAUAAAUGUCCUGGAACAGUUAACCUUGUGUAUGGAGUAGAAAAUCAGGUGUUUUUAUAUCAUUCAUUAUUUUACACAAUUUACAUACACACGGUAUGUUAAGGAUGGUAUUAUUCGACAAGUUUUUUUAGUUGUAACAAUGUUUUCUCCAAGUGUUAAAACAAGACCCUUUUGUUGCAGAUUCUAUGAUUUUGAGAUUUUGCAAUACACUCGUACAGCAUAGCAUUCUAUUGACUUUCAAAGAAACAGUCAAUGAGAUAAGGCUGUUAUGUACAAGCACUGAGGAUUGUUUUGUUAAUUAUGUCAAGUAAAUGAUGGAUAAAUGUAUCACUGUUUGAAUGAUUCAAACACCUGUCCUGUGCAAAAGAGUUUAUUGUAGUACGAGUCACCAAAUGAUUGGAGUGACCUCCCUUGGUAUGAAGAUUUUUGUAUGCUGUGGAGAAAAGAUGGUCAAGCCUCUUUAGCACCUUAACUAUGAAGAUGUUUAUGCUGUAUGUAUGUUUACAAUAUAGCAUUCGGUGUAUAUUUGCUCAUUAUUUUGUUUUAUAAAUUUUUAAUUGUAGAAGCUGUAGAUAAAAUUUGUGAUGACUGAGCUUACUGUGCAUUAAUGUUGUGUGGGCAGUAAACAUGAUGACAUGGGUUUGUGAGCAUAUAUUAUAUCAAUCAUUUUAGGAUUGUUUAAAAACAGAACUAAAGCACACUGGUAUUGUCGGGAUUGGUUAAAAAUAAUUUGAUAAAGGAUUUUGCUUAUAUAUCUUUGGGAACUACCAUAUCAACUAUUAAUAGUCAGAAACUCAUUUGUACAUGAACAUAAACUUUGGUUAUUUUAUUGUUGAGGCGGUUUUGCAGUUGUCAUGACCAUAUAACUGGUUCAUGUUUGAAUGAUGCCUUUCAUCUUAUUUAUCCCUCCGAUCGCCAUCAUCUGCAACAGUUUAACUGUAGUCUAAAAGAGCAUCAGGGCUUUCUCAGACAAUAUCAUGUCCAUUGCCAAUUGAAAUCAUUUCACAUUUUAGGCAAAUUCCCAAAAUUUAUAUUUUAUUCUUGAAAAUCGUAAACGGUUUACCAAAUAUCUUCACUAAUUGAAGCAAAAAUGCCUUGUCCCAAACCAUUGAAAAAUGCUCUGCUUAUGCAAUUUCAUGCAUAGAUCUGAAUUGUGGGCUUCAGUUUCCAUGGGAGACAGUUUGUGUUUCUUGAGAGGCUAAAAUCUUAACUGUGCUGUUAUGGUUGUUCCUGGGACAAGUUGUUUUACCCCGAGGACUGUUUCAGAAUGAGCAUGGCUGUUGACAGCCAAUAAACCUCAAAGACACAUGUACUGCCUUAGUGUUAAGGUUUUACCAUUUCCUUCUAUAGUUCUUGUAGAAGUUUCUCGCUACUCCCACAGUUGCUGAGUCUAAAGUAAGAGUUGAACUGUCGUGUACCAUACGGAAGUAGCCCUAGACAUACAUGUUGUGAUCUAUUAAUGGCAGUAUAGGAAGGUUUAUUUUCAUAUAGUAACAGUAUUGGAAGUUUUACGAACAUAUAGUAACAGUAUUGGAAGUUUUACGAACAUAUAGUAACAGUAUGGGAAGUUUUACGAACAUAUAGUAACAGUAUUGGAAGUUUUACGAACAUAUAGUAACAGUAUUGGAAGUUUUACGAACACAUAGUAACAGUAUGGGAAGUUUUACGAACAUAUAGUAACAGUAUGGGAAGUUUUACGAACAUGUAAUAACAGUAUGGGAAGUUUUACAAACAUAUAGUAACAGUAUGGGAAGUUUUACAAACAUAUAGUAACAGUAUGGGAAGUUUUACGAACAUAUAGUAACAGUAUGGGAAGUUUUACGAACAUAUAGUAACAGUAUGGGAAGUUUUACGAACAUAUAGUUUGUAUACAUAUUAACUGGUGAUUAAAUGGUGAUAAACAGUCUCAGACUUAUUGUAUCAAAGUAUGUACCUGUAUCUAAAAUUACCACACUGACAAACCUACCUGAUUAUUAAGAAAAACUAAAAGUAGUUCUGAAUUACUGGUUUGUAUGUAAAUUCAGUUAUUUUGGAGAUGACUCUUAAUUCAUAUUUCUCUGAAAGGUGGUGAUGGAACGUUUGAAUGAAAAGGGUGAGGAAAGGAAAGCAUGCAGAUGAAGUUUUUAGAAGAAAGAUGUAUAUCAGAGCGAUAUGGUUGUGUGAAAAUGGAAACGAGUUUGUUGCUCUUCUGUAAUAGGAGUUAUUUAAAUUGUACUUAAUGACAGUUCUCCACUUACUGGAAACUACAAUUACAGCAUCAUAGAAAUGUACAAUAUUAUUUUAUUGUGACUGUUAUCACUCCAGAUUAAAUAUUUAUAUGUCAAAAGUUUAUGCGACUAGAGAUGCGCCAUUAUUAUGUUUAUGU